AUGACCAAGGCUUCUGUGAACGUCCGAAGACGUCGUGGGAGCGACGACGGAGGAAGAGUCGUACCGCUGCCUGCGAAAGUUGGAAAACAGACGAAAGUAAGUAAGAACGUAUUUCUUUCCAUUUCGAAACAUCCAAUUCAACCCAUUUCAGCAAAAAAAGAGUCACUCGAUCCUUGGAUACAUCGGAUCGCAUCCGUUCCAAAUAAUCUUCAGUGCUCUGGCCUCAGUCCUCGUUGCCGGUCUUCUCACAAACAGAAUAAUCAAUGCUCCGAUCAAGGCUGUCGCUUUCGAGUACGUUUCCCGAAUUAUUUUCUUCCAAUCCAUCGUUUUCCAGUCUCGGAGAUAAGAUCCCAUUGGAAGGAGUUCUCGCAGUGAACAGUCGGCUGACCGAUGCGGAACUUCUUCUGGAAGAUCAAGUCUAUGGCCCCGAGUCACUGGCGCUCGACGAGAAAAACAGAAGGAUGUACGCCGGUUUCAAAACGGGAAUUAUUGCGGAGAUCCUCAUGAAGGACGGGAAAGAAAAGAUCGGCCAAGCGGUUCGGCUUGCUCAGGGCGAAAACGAGUGCGACGGCUCCUACAAAACGAUGCAUCUGUGCGGAAGGCCACUAGGAUUGAGGCGAGUGACGGCAAAGAUCGCUUAUCUUUUUAGUUUCAUAAAUAAUGCAUUGGAUAAGAAUAUCGGAGUGAUGUCGGAGAAGAUAUGCAGAUUUGUCAUCGGUACAGAGAACAUUCAAAGAUUCGCGUCUUUUCAGAAUCAGCGAAAUCGGGGAGUUGAUUGUCGCCGACGCCUACUUGGGUCUAUUCGCCAUCAGCUGGGAAGCCGAGAAGGUGGUGAAGAUCCUGGGAGCCGGGGAGCUGCCGACGAACGAUGAGAAUGCGCCGCCGAUCAGAUUCCUCAACGAUCUGGACGUCCUCCCCGAUGGACGCAUUAUAAUGUCCGAGUCUUCCACAAAAUUCGACGAUCGAGACUUUAUCCUGGAUUUGUUUGAGCACCGCCCAAAUGGACGCCUUCUGAUCUACGAGCCUCGAAAGAAGAAUCUGAGAGUGCUGAAGGACGGACUGUACUUCCCGAACGGAGUGCAAGUGAGCAUCGAGAAGGGUGUCGCGAAAGAUUCUCCGUACAGAGUAUUCUACAGCGAAAUGUCGAUGACGCGGGUGAUGCAGAUCUGGGUGCCUCAGGAUCAUUACUCGACCGCACCGGUCAAGGUGGCUCCUCUCAUUGAGAACCUUCCCGGAUACCCGGACAACAUCCGUCUCACCAAGAACGGACACCUCCUUGUUCCGAUUCCAUCCCAUCGUUCCGAAGAAGACCGGAUCCUCGAGCAGAACCCGUCUCUCCGCGAGUUCAUUACAAAGAUCCUCUCUCCGCAGGCUCUUAACUACAUCGCCAAUUACGUGGCGGAUACGGACGGACUGGUGCUCAAAGUGAACACGGAGACUGGACAAAUCAUCGAGUCCUAUCAUGACCCGACAGGUCGCGUCGGAGCCAUUUCGAUUGCCGUUGACGAUGGAAAGGGACGGAUGCUUCUGGGAAGCGACGUCAACUAUUACAUUGCUAGAGCCAAACUCUAA